GUGUCUUAAUCAGAGCCCCUGGGGGACCAGUGUGGGAUUGGGGGUGCUGGGCUGAACUCUGCCAUACUCUAUUCUAGAGUCUACCCCCAGCCUCCCUGCCUGGAGUGAGAUGCCCAAUAUUGGCAUCCCCCUCCCCCAUCCUGGGCGUUACCCCCAAAACUUUGCAUUCCACGAACACUUAUCAGGCUCCACUUAAGUGUCAGACACCAUCCUGGGAGUUGGGAAUAGUCCCAGCCCUGGCCCCUCUAGGUGCACCCCGGCAGGUGGAGGUGAGCCUGUAACUGAGUGUGGGCGAGAGGAUGCAGUGAAAGGGCUUCAUGGACGAGGCGGGCCCAGAAGGAAAGAUUGGAAGCUGAGUGCCCGGGAAGAUGGCCUCCCGGGAGGCAGAUGCUGAUAUUGUUGCUGUCUCAUUUCAUUCCUGCACCCCUAACGAAAUCUCUGGCACCAUGCCUGGCCCAGAUGUGGGAGGAAGGAGCCAGGGAGUAGGGGUGGGAGAUGUGCUGCUUCCGGAAAGGGAGAGGUGUCGAGAUUCCAGCUGGGCUGGGUGGCCAUGCUCUGGGGCCAGGGUGAGGGGUGGGCCCAGCGGCCCCCCACUUUUCUGGCCCUGCUGGUCUGCAGCAGUCGGCCUCAGCCUGAAGCCCCAGUAGUAGCCAGAGCCCAGGAACAAGGAGGGAUACCAGAAACGAGAGAGUCUCAGAAGAAAUAGGGCUUUUGACCAAAACCCAAAUGUCUGCUCGCCUUGGGCCAGUGCUGUGCUGAGCCUGGGAACGUGCUCUCCCCUCAGGGGACUACGCGUUCCAGCAGAGGAGGCAAAAAUGGGACCAAACUAGCUACUGUGACGAGUGACAGGGGUUCUGCAGCAGCUGUGGGCCCCGCAGACAGUGAGAGCAGAGACAGGGGGGCCUUGUGCUGUGAGACUCAGAAAGGCUAAUGCAAAGGCCCCUCCGAGCUAGAGGGUGAGUAGGGGCUCCCCAGGCAGAGGAAAGAAGGCAGGCAUUCUAGGUGGAGGGGACGCUGGUACUAAGGCACAGAGCAACAUGACUGGAACCACACAUGACUGGAAAGUACGAGUUAUCUAGAGUGCUGAAGGUGGGGCUCCGAGGAAGUCCCAGGCGUGGGGCCCGGCAUGGAGAGCUGGAUGUGGGGGUGAGCAUGGGCCAAAGGCCAGCCACAUUGGGGAUCAGGUGCCUGUCGUGUCCCCGUUCCCUAUACCCAAUCCCCAAAUUCUCUCCUGCCCAGCUGCUCCCUAGUUGCCUCCGAGUGUCCCAGGAAGCGGUGUGCUCAGCCAGCCCAAUCUCCCCUCCAUGUCUGUUUCCCCUUGUCCGGGAGGCAGGCCCCACCUCACUUUCGGAAGCUUGGCCAUCGAGAUCCUGUUUGACUUUGAUGCUGUUCCGUCCCAGUGGAGGGAGACAAUUGGGGCAAGCAAGGUCCUCGAUUCUCACUGUGUCCCUCUGCCCAUGGCCACAAGCACCUGUAAAAAUAGAAAAAGCCAUUAAUUAUUAAACACUGGCACUCUCUCUCCCCGCCUCCCUCCCCCAGCUUGGACCAGGCAUGGCGGGCCCUGUGGGUGCCUCUUUCCAGGCUGAGAGAUGGCUGCUGAGUCACAGAUUUGAAGUCCUGGGCACCUGACCUUGAGUCUCAGCCUCAGGGGAAAGCUCUGACGUGGCAAGGGGAGGGAGGUGACCGGACCCCAAUUCUGUGGAUCCAGAGUUCCUGACGUUGGUGCCCAGGAGGUUAUGAGCAGGAUGCCCGCAGCCCUGCCAGACUUGCACUUGGCCGCGGAGCUGGGGAAGACGCUGCUGGAGAGGAACAAGGAGCUGGAGGAGUCCCUGCAGCAGAUGUACUCCACCAACGAGGAGCAAGUGCAGGAGAUCGAGUACCUGACCAAGCAGCUGGACACGCUGCGGCAUGUGAAUGAGCAGCAUGCCAAAGUGUACGAGCAGCUGGACCUGACAGCCCGAGACCUGGAGCUGACCAACCAGAAGCUGGUGCUGGAGAGUAAGGCUGCCCAGCAGAAGAUCCAUGGGCUGACGGAGACCAUUGAGCGCCUGCAGGCCCAGGUUGAGGAGCUGCAGGCCCAGGUGGAGCAGCUGCGGGACCUGGAGCAGCUGCGAGUGCGCCGGGAGAAGCGGGAACGCAGGCGCACCAUCCACACCUUCCCCUGCCUCAAGGAGCUGUGCACCAGCCCCCGGUGUGAGGAUGCCUUCCGCCUGCACAGUUCCUCUCUGGAGCUGGGCCCACGGCCCCUGGAGCAGGAGAACGAGCGGCUGCAGACGUUGGUGGGGGUGCUGCGUUCCCAGGUGAGCCAGGAGCGGCAGCGCAAGGAGAGGGCGGAGCGCGAGUACGCGGCGGUGCUCCAAGAGUACUCGGAGCUGGAGCGGCAGCUCUGCGAGAUGGAGGGCUGCCGCCUGCGCGUGCAGGAGCUGGAGGCCGAGCUGCUGGAGCUGCAGCAGAUGAAGCAGGCCAAGACCUACCUGCUGGGCCGGGAGGACCACCUGGCCGAGGCCCUGCUGGCGCCCCUCACCCAGGCCCCUGAGGCCGACGACCCACAGCCAGGCAGCGGGGACGACUCGGGCGCCCAGGACGGUAUCUCCUCUCCGGCCGCCUCCCCGGGCCAUGCCGUGCGCAAGAGCUGCAGUGACACGGCACUCAACGCCAUUGUGGCCAAAGACCCCGCCAGCCGGCACGCGGGCAACCUCACGCUGCACGCCAACAGCGUGCGCAAGCGGGGCAUGUCCAUCCUGCGGGAGGUGGACGAACAGUACCACGCGCUGCUCGAGAAGUACGAGGAGCUACUGAGCAAGUGCCGGCAGCACGGCGCCGGGGUGCGGCACGCCGGCGUGCAGACGUCACGGCCCAUCUCCCGGGACAGCUCAUGGAGGGAUCUGCGCGGGGGCGAGGAGGGCCAGGGGGAGGCCAAAGCCGGUGAGAAGAGCUUGAGUCAGCACGUGGAGGCCGUGGACAAGCGGCUGGAGCAGAGCCAACCCGAGUACAAGGCGCUCUUCAAGGAGAUCUUCUCCAGGAUCCAGAAGACCAAGGCUGACAUCAAUGCCACCAAAGUCAAGACGCACAGCAGCAAGUGACCCUUUCCUGCCCCGGGCCUACAGCCUGCCCCAGGGUCAGGCCGUGGGGUCCCUCAUGCCUGGGCCAUGCAGCCUUUGGUGAGGGAGCCCUUUAGCAGCAAUAUAUCCCAGUGGAGGCCGCUCUCUGGCCCAGGGAGCGUGUGGGGGAUGCAGCAUGUUCCCUGCUGACCUGAGAGGCAGUCCAUACAUCCUGCCUCCCGGGACCCUCCACUCAGCCCAAGGGCACAGCUCAGAGUUUCAAAGCCAAACAUCCCCACUCCCCUGGGGAUUCCCAGCUCCCCUAGCCCCGGGCUUCCUGACCCUGGGCCUUGCUCUCAGAUUUGUGGCCAGGCUUCUGAAAGCCAUUCUGGACCAGUUGCCCUUUUCUUUUUCCAAGUUCAUUUUUUUCCGAGAGAUUUGCAAUGCAAGGUCUCCCUGACCCCUUGCCACAACUGGAAACACUUGAAGGGGGACUCCAGAGCCAGCUGUUACAGGUUCCAGGGGUCUCCUGGACCAUCCACUGCUUCUCCCCAGCUGUGAUGCGCUGUCAUUCCCGGAGCACCAGCUGUCCCACCCCCAGGGUCCUGACCAGGUCAGAGAUAGCCCCUGCCAUGCGGAGCAGAAAGUCUUAGCCAGGCCCCAAGUGCCGCCCACUCCAGCCCUGGUGAGGGGGGGGCCUCGCCCUGGAGACCCUCAGCCCACUGUAGAUCUGUAGCCAAUCAGAGCAGGGAACAGGGAGCUCCUCAGCAGCUAUACACCGGCUGUAUACCCUGUUCCCCUCAGAGCCAGCCUCUUUGGGUUCCAGCCCUGGAAAUGCCUUCUGGGCAUUAAGCCGUCCAGGGAUCUGGGCUGAGGGGAGCCCCCCAUCUCUGCACGCCCCCUCUGACUCACUGAGCUUGGCCUCUGCCUGCCCCCAUCUCAGGGACCAUGACGUCUCAUUCACUUCCAUGCUCCCCACCGGCCUACCCCAGUGCAGGUCAUGCCUGCCACCCCCGGGAUGCCCCCGGCAUGUGCCACCAGCCAGUGGUCCCAGCGUCCGCCCCUGCCCAAGAUUCUCAUCCCACACUGAACAGUAUUGAAAUGGGACCAGGAUGGGGAACAUCUCCUCCCUCCCAUAAAAUGCCUGCUCUUAACCUCCCACUUUUGUGGGGGGCUUUUGAGGACCCAGUUGGGUCAGGGGGUUAAUCUUUUGUUAAGGCUUCAGACAGUCCAGCUUCAGCUAAGAGAUGCCCAGGUCCCCAGCUUGCCCUGAGCAGUUCUUCAGGGCUUCCAGUUCCUUCUGCUGCCCAUCCUGAGACCCUAGAAAUCGGAGGAGCCACACAGCCCAGUGGAAGUUGGUGGCCCCGGCCCCUGUGCUGGGAGCCCAGUGGGGAACCUUCAUGCCUUAUUUGUUCCGAAGGGGUAAAGGGGUUUUCUUAACAAGCAUGCCCGACCCCCCUGGAGGCACCACCCUGUUCUCUGGGCGGCACUGUGAUGAGAGCUGUCAGCUGGUCCUGUUCACACAUCUUGGAACCUUUUGUCCUUUGGAGCUGGGCAGCUCCCAGCCCUCCAUGUGUCUGUGAUCUAGGGUGGAGGGAAGGGGUGGGAUGGGGUGGAGGAACGCCUCCUGCCUGUUUGCUCCCCUGCUCUGUAGCAGCCGACCAGCGUCACCUUUGAAGUAUACAUGAGAGAAAUAUAUUUACAAAUGCUUUAUUCUCUUCUUUAAUAAAAAACGCAUCAGUAUUCUAAAA